AGACAACACCGGAGCCGAGCAGGAAGAGCGCACGUCGAAUCAGCCAGGAGCAAGCGCAUAUAUACAUACGUGUGUGCGGUGUAGUGAAGACAGGCAGGAUGUCGGGGGCACAGGGGGCGCACCCGGUCGGGGAGACGACGCCGACGACGUACGGGUCGGUGGGCGGCGGGGAGAACCGCACGCGCACGGACCUGAGGUCGCGGGAGGACCAGGGCAACAUCCAGAUCGAGAAGGUGCAGGACAAGGUGGAGGAUGCCGCGUCGCGCAAGGUCGACGACAGCGCCUUCGCUGCCAGGAAGGAGCCGGGCCAGGCCGGCGACGCCGGGGCAACCGGCACCGGCGCGUGAUCUGGGUUCUGUUCUGUGGCGCCCUGCCGGGCGCGCGCGUCGCACGAUCUUCGAUCUGGGUCGCUGCAUUUGCGCGCGGCGCGUUGUGUUUGUGUAGCGAGUUGUGUUCUGUAAAAGAGUCUGCGUGUGAGCUCGCAAUAAUAAGAACUGCUUGUCAGUUUGCUUA